AUUAAUGUUGUUAGUUAUUGUUAUAUCUCAAAUUAUCUAUUAUUUUUCACUAUAGUCAGAUUAUUGGAUCUUUAUAGGGGGGUGGUAUGUCUAGAGGCUAGUAUCAGCUAUCGUAAUUCACUGAGUAGGUAUUUUGUUUCUACAGAACCAUGGGGUCCAGUCGUCUCAUCUGCAGUUUCAUUGCUGCAUCCCUCAUUAAUGUGCCGCUGAGUUCGGGUGCUGGGAGCUGCGUGCCUCUUGGUUCCCCAGAACUGGCCUCCAUCACGAUUCAGGCGAUGGGGAGGAACCUCACACUAGUUGGGAAGCGGCUGUGCUGGUCCGACGCCCUGUUCUACUGCAGAGACCAUCACUGGGACCUGCUGAGCAUCAGGGGCCCAGAGGACCAGGAGAUGGUUGAUGAGCUGGUGGCUAGCGCCCCCUUCCCGCUAACCAGACCACUCUGGGUUGGCCUGCGCAGGUCGAUUCGAGGAAGCUCCUGGUUUUGGAUGUCCGGUGACCCAAUGGACUUCACCCAGUGGGACACAGCCUCACAUCAUUCAAGCCCCUGUGCUGGCGUGUCCAGUGGGGAACCUUCCACAUGGAGGCAAAGCUCUUGCGAAGAACAUCUUAACUUCAUCUGUUUUACAGGUACUACAGAAGUAGUGAAAAGGUACUUCUCUAGUUCCACAAGAAUUCCAACUUGUUAAAACUAGGCUGGUGUCACUGGGAAUGCAUCUACAGAUUCACAAGUAGUCCUAAAUCGUGAAGUUUCUGAAUGCUAUGGCUCAGAGGUUUUCUCUGGUUGCUAGCUAGUUCUGCAUUUUGUCCUUAAAGGCAUUGUCAUCAAACUCACGAAAGAUGUCUAUCCCUGGUAUUAGUGCUGUAAUAGCUUGAACAUGUAAAAAAGUUAGUUAUAUAAUCCAUGAACAUCAUUAUAAGCAGGGUUAGUUGUGAUAUUGCAUUAGUCCUUUGAUUCAAAUUGUGGAGAUUGAGUUCAAGAUGGUCAAAAAUCUAAAUAAAAUACCACUCGGCUUUUA